CGCCUUCAAACUGCGGAAGCAAUCGGUAGAUGCUAAAGUCCGACCUGACACAUGGAGUUACAUUUCUGAUUAUUUUGCAGCUUUAAGAAUUAAGAAUGCCGGAUCUUCAGAACCCUUCCAAGGUGAUGGAAGAGCAGCAGCUUGAACCUAUCACUGACAUUGGAAUGGUAUCCAAGAAAAAAGCACCUGCACAUUACUAUGUGGUUGCACAAACAACAGAUGGCUUCGACGCCGACCUGUGGAAGGACGGCAUAUUCAAAUCCAAGGUCACACGCUAUCUCUGUUUCACCCGCGCCUCCUCCGCUGAAAAUACCCAAUUAAGAAAUGUUCUGGUGGAUAUGAAGUUGACUGACCUGAAGGACACACUGCCAGAGGGCUUCGCACUGAUCCAAGAAACCAUGGACACUCAUGAGUUAGCAUUGAGCAAGAAGAGGCUGUAUGUGAAGCUGAUCCCGAGGCGCAGUACUGACACAGCCAUAUGUGAUGUGCUCAUUCAGAACAGGUCAAAACAGAGCCCUGCUAACUACACAUUUAUAGGAGAGCUAAAUGGAAUGGCGAUUUGGUAUCUGAUGGGAAGGAUUCCUCAGGCGCACGAUGCACCCCAUACCACACUGUCCGUUCACCAGACUGUUCCAGACUCAGGCGACACACCAGUGUCGUCCAACUUCCCAAAGAGGAGCACGGUCAGGCCUGAUGUUGAGCACCAGAAUGUCUGCAGCACGUCAGCAGGCACGGUGCACUGCGGGUGGCUGUGUGCCUCCACCCGACGCCAACCCCCGACCACUUUUCCUGGCACCAACUUGGACGCUUUUCGGCUUCUUGCAAUUGAUGAUGUGCCCUUUAUGAUUUCUGAAAGGUUUGCUCCCAAAGUCAGAUACACGCAGCCGGUCAAUUUAAUGGGCAUUACCAUCAAAUCCCCGGCAGAGAUCGAGGAGGAAUAUGCAUACUCCUUCAACACUGAGCACAGUGUUGCCUAUCAUUGAUGGACCUAGUGACUUGGCGAGAGAUACGAGGCAGAGGCGUGCUCUGAACAUCAACAUCAACAAGCCAGAAAUGACAACAGCGGAAAAGUUCACUUGCAACAUCAUCAUGUUCCAUCAGGUCUUUAGGCCAGUUUCUGUGACUUGGUCUGGUUCAAAGUGGGUAAGAUUUACUUCACAGUAAACACAGCAAUGUUAACAAUGGAGUUUAAUCUUUUUACUCUGCAUUAGGGGUAAAAUGGCAAGAAGAUGCACACGCAGUACUUCAAGACAUUUUUAGGAUACGUGGUAUGCAUCAUGAUAUUUAGUUUUUCUGAGAUUUGAUAAGUUGAAACAAAUUAAGAAGAAGAAAAUAAAGAAUGAAGACGUUUAGUGCCACAUUUAAAAACUGCUGUCACCAGCUAUGAGUACCAUUUUUAUUCAUCCCUUUAGAAACUACACUACACUAAACCCGAACCCUCUCUUCACAUGAGUCAGCGUUCUUUCCGACCUGACAGUAUCCAAAACAUGCUCAGGAAAGCAUAUUAUGAGCAAUGGGAUGUGAUUUUAGGGUUUAGAUUUAAGUGACAUGUAUUUUUUUUGUGUGUUUGACUAUUCGAUGGUCUGGACUAUUCCUACUUCCAUGCUUUCUGGUUCGAUACGCUUAUUACUGAUUCCUGAUUCAUUUGUACUGUAAUGUAUUUCAGUGUAUUAAAUCAGAUUAUUCCUUAAACAUCCGGGACCUGCUGGCUUAAUCAGUUUGAGAAUUUAAGAGUUCAGAAAAACUCCGAAAAAAAGUUUUUAAAUAUUUUUUAAUAUUAUAUUUAAUAUAAUAAUUUUUAAUAGUUUUUAAUAUUGACUUACUGCUGAAAUGAACACACUAAACGAAGCAUGUGCUGUGCUUAAAUAGAUGCAGAUUCAUGCAGGAGAACAAACAUUUUCACUUCACGCACCAAAAUGUCUUAAACUCCCAGACCCUUCAUAAUACAAUAAUAAUAAUAAUAAUAAUAAUAAUACAUUUUAUUUCAUGGCGCCUUUCAAAAACCCAAGGUCACCUUACAAAACAGGAAAAAGCAACAAUAAUAAUAAAUGUGAAUCAAUAGUCAUUUGAAUACAUCAAAAUAAAACAAUACUAAAAUACUAAAAUACUAAACAUCAUGUAAUAUAAAAUGUUUUCAUGCUGUUUACAAGUAAUCAAAUAUGUAAAGUGUAAUCUCUUUACAUCUGUUGAUUUAUUUAUACGUGUUACCUGGUUGAACUAUAAAUAAAUGUUUGUGUAUUUGUUUUAAAGGUUUUGCUGUUAACACUAAACUUUCAGCCUUUGCUCUCUGUUAUACCUGCACUCUUGAGGGUUUUUUAAGGGUUCUUUGAAUGAACAUCUUAGAAGAAGAAUUUUGGUUCCCUAAAGACCCUUUAAAUGGAAGCUUCUUAUGACAGCUAUUUUUGUAGAUGAAAUACAGGAGAGCGAAGAACCUUUUUAGUUUAAAGAGCCUCAACAAAAUGUAAAAGGUCUGCACUCUAAAAAACGAUGGUUCUUCAAGGAUUACUUAGAACCGUGAGUUGCUUAUAGAACAAUUUCUUCCUUAAAAAAGACUUUUUUGCGCCAUGAAAUCGUUCUUCGGAUUGAUGGAGAAGGUGUUGUAUUUUUAAAAAUGGUUCCACUUAGAAGAAUGAAAGGUUCUGUUGUUGUGAUGUCAGAUUUUAACUAUAAAUUAACCUUUUAUGUGCUGCAUAGAACUGUUUUCAAAAAGGUUUGUUAAAACCAUACACAACACAUUCUCCAUCAAUCUAAAGAACCCUUAUGGUUCUAUAUAGAACAUAUGGUUCUAAAUAGAGCCAUUCCUUUUUAAGAACCCUGGAAGAACCAUCUUUUUAAGCGUUUAGGAACAACGAUGGAAUUGGUGUGGAAAUGUGUUUUACAUUUACAGACAUUUAAACGGUUCUUCACACUAACAAAUCCCUUUUUCGAACUUGGUUCCUUAAGAAACUAAUAUUGUUUCUUCUGUGGCAUCUCGAGGGGUUUUUGGUUGCACCUUUUGUUGUUGUUGUUGUUUUGAAAACUGUAUUAGGGUUGUCACAAUACCAAUUGCAAUUUGACAGACUUUAAAAAAAUGAAAUUCCCUUAACGAUUCUUGGCUUUGACGUAUGGAUCCAGUAAAAAAACAAAAAACAAAAAAACCUUUAAUCAUUAUAGAAACUUUACAUCACAUGGAGGUUCUUUAAGCUGUAAAAAAGUUUUUCACACUCUUGUCUCAUUUACAGAAGUUGUUUUUAAAGACUAUAGCAUGCCAUUUUACUACCUUUAUUUUUAUGAAUUUAGGCAAAAUGCAUUCUCAGCCUGGUGCUGAACUACAGAGUCUAAAUACAGAAUUCAAAGCAUUGAAAGGUUGUUUGAAUUAAACAUUGCAGAAUUAAAAAAUUAUUCAACUUUCAAUGCACUGUGUAACUCUAAGACCUUCACAGAGGAUGGUAUUUUCUGCUUUUUUGCCUUUAUUAUUAUUUGUAAUGCCGUGUGUUAAACAACAGUUGUAUUACGUUUUCAAAUAUUUGUCAUGUUGUCUUCCCUCACAUGCCUUCUUCAUCUAAAUCCAGGUUGUUUUUGUUUGAGUUCUGUGUAUUAAAGAAGAUGCAGUACUGUG